AUUGAUUUAAGUCGUUGGUCAACUUUUGUAGGGAUCGGAUAUUCAAUCUCUUUCUCUCUCUCUCUUGAGUAAAGCCUCAGAUAUGCAUCCAUGGAAAUCUCUUACCAACUCACAAUCUAUUCAAAACACUAUUCUAGCUUACGAAUGGAGAUAUCCCAGGCAUAAGAUCCGACCACUGUAUGGCUAUCACCGAGGAUAAUAGCAAGAUUGUUAUUUUCGGAGGUCGUGUCCCAUUGGCUCCAAAUUCAACUUCCUCCAGCGAAAGCACCUUUUCAGAAGAGUUAUUUGUACUAGAUAUUGCUACAUCGUCUUGGAAAAAGGGACCCAACGCAGCUAUUAAGCGCGGCUACACAGCAUGCAUCAUUGUAGGAGAUCAGUUCCUGGCUUGGGGCGGAUAUAAUGACAAUCUGGUUGUCUCAGGACCGCCCAUUGUGUUCGAUCUGACGAAAUUUGAAUGGGCCAACACCUAUACAGCUCCAAUUUACAAUCAAACUCAUCAAACCCAGACUCAGACCAUCACUGGAUCACAAACGCCUUCAUCCACUCAGUCACAACCUACUCAAACAGGAGAGCCUUCGGCUACCAAUAAAGAAGCUAUUAUAGGCGGUUCUGUAGGAGCCUUGGCCUUGAUAGUUAUUAUUGCAGGUUUGAUCAUCUACAAACGAUGGCGCAGAGGGAAAAGCCAAGGAUAUAGUGUCCCUGAAGAGAAGGGCUUCAAUCAAUACGAUGAUUCCUGUGCGCCCGAAUACCUGCGAAAUAGUAUGACCGAGCAUGUCUACUAUAAUUCAAAUCCGACUCGCGGUCCACAGUUGAUGACGAGACGUAAUCCUCAGGAAAUGACCCCUAUGACACUCUAUCAAGGCCAAAUUCCUCAAGAGUCGUUUGUUGCCAAUGUAACUCAUGGAACACAACUUUAGCGCUAAAACUACAUUUCCACCCCACUUUGUAAACACUCAUGCAUGUAUAUAAAAUACCCCUUCAUUUCUGUAUUACAAUAAGUUAUAAAAUACUCACAUCGGGUUACGAAUGUGUGGAUCAAAAGAGGUUCCUGAUGGCUUAUAUGGGAAAGCAAUCGUCGAAGAUGUUGUCUAUAACAAUGUCGGGGCACCAUUCCUGACAGGGCACAGGCGCAAAAUGGACUA